AGCAGAACGCGCUGAUCCAGUGCAGUAUGAAUGAAACGUUGAGGUACCCAUGUCGGGAAUAGGUAUUUGAAUGUGAUGCUGCGUUCUUAUUCCAGAACUUCAAUUCGAGUCUCCCCCCAGGGACGCAAAAAGUGCCGAAGAACUUGCGAGAGAUUUUGUGAGCUUCGCGAAUGGCAUCGCACCGUGGCGGGAAUUUGGCCUCAAGGGUCAAAGGUGAAUGAGGGAGACGGGCUUGAUGUAGCCGAGGAUGUCAGGGUGUAUGGACGGAAUAGCGGGAGGAGGGAUACGUUGUUUAGGUUGAGUAAAGAGGACAAAGAGGAUUUGAAUGGCUCGAGUCACGCAUGGGACAUGUUCAUCGCAAGAAGAUAAGCGUCUUGGUCUAUACUCAUAUUAAAGGCUAUAUUACUUGUCAUUCUUCAUCACAGUUUCGCCUUCACUGCUCCCUCUUCUUUCUUCCAAUCCUCAAUCGCUUUCUCCGCAACUCUAAAGCCCUCAAUUGCUACCAUGCAUCAGUAUCAUAGCGA